AUGAGUUGUACCCUAGCUGAGACCAAGUUGAACAGGAAGUCUACCCGCACCCAUGGCUCAGUGUGGACAGCAAUUAUGUCGUUUUUCGUGCUUCUUGACUCGGCAGAGUUGGUUCUUUCCAGUCCACUUUGGAAAAUAGAUGCAGAUAUUCCAUAUCAAAGGAUUAUGAAAUACAAUGUCACAAUCACAAAGUCUGGAGAAUGGUACAAUGAGAGGAUAGAAGUGGACGAAGAGAAGCAAACUGAACUGAUUAAAGUUCCUGCUACUUCCAAAAAGCAUCGUAGCAAUAUCUUGCUCGACUUCAAAACGAAUACAAGCAUGUUUCAGUUACCAGAUAAAAAGAUCUGUCUCUUCAUGCCCUUUGACCAAGAAACGCCGUCCCCAAGUCAACUUAUACGUAGCCUUGAUAGUGAGAAGGAUAAAGAAAUUGAGAAGCGGCAACAGUCUAUUCAAAAUGAUCAAGAGAUUGUUGAUGAUGAAAAUGAAAAUCCUGCCAUAAGAGAACAAGCAGGAGAAAGGAUAAAAGAAGUAAUAGAGCAGAUUGAUGCUCUUGAGAAUGAAAGAGAGAGACUCUAA